UCUGAGUGAAAAAAGUUCGACGACAGGUAGUAAAAUGAAGCCAUAAUAAGUGUUUGUUUAUAUUCAUAUUCAUGCGACUGUGUCAGCCUUAAUCUUGACACGAUGAAGCUAUCCCCUAAGAUAGUGACCGGAGCGUUACAUUCACAGAACAAAGGUGCAUGUGAUUGGGGAUGGCAAGGACUACUGGCCUAUGGCUGUCAUAGUUUUGUUGUGAUUGUCGAUCCAAAAAAUGUCCAGGUGAUACAAGUCCUAGACAAACACAGGUCCAAUGUAGUUAAGGUGAAAUGGGCACGGGAAAAUUAUAAUCAUGAUCCGAGUAGUCCAUACAACCUACGUCUCGUCUCUGCGGAUGCUAGUGGUGUCAUCGUUACUUGGGAUGUCAUAUUGGGUCAGUCUAAAGCGGAGUUCUCCGACUGGUCAAGACCCAUACAAGAUCUGGAAUGGCUGUCUAACCAGGACGCAUCACAUGACCUCCUUGUGGCGUUACAUCCCCCGUAUUCGCUGAUAUUAUGGAAUGCUGACACGGGCACAAAACUAUGGAAGAAAUCGUACACAGAACCACUGUUGUCAUUCUCAUUUGAUCCAUUUAACAUCAGAAAUGUCGCAUUCCUUGGCCAAGAUUGUAUCGUGUUUGUGGACGACUUCUCCAUCACCAAGACACCCUCUAGUAAUGGCAAGAAAUUCUACAUCUCAAGUCCCUCAAGUCAAGCUACUAACAUUAAAACGGAAGGUUCCAGUAGCAGUUUGGACAAGAGAUCAACUUCCCGCAACCUCGCCAAACGGAUGAGCAAAAUGUUGGUGGGGGAAGUGUCAAGUAAAAAGUCAGGAGGAGAGGAGGAGUCGGUGACCUUGAAUGAAUGUCUACAGCUUGAGUUCCACCGGGCAUGUCGACACCAUCUAAUCCUGGUGUACCCUCGCGAGAUCCUUCUGCUUGACCUUGAGAUCAAUCAAACAGUCGGGAUCAUCACCAUGGAGAGAACAGGGUCACCAUUUGUACAGGUAAUGCCCCUUAGACAGCGGGAUGUGAUGUUUUGUUUACACGAGAACGGCAGUAUUACUACGAGAGUGAGGAGGAAGACCAACGUCAUCACCACUCCGGCCUCAGAAGGAGUUGGGGCCUUCGAUGACUCCCCGCCCCAUGUGUCUAUGGAUGUGGCGUAUGACAUGCGGUGUCAGUCCGACAGUCUGCGUGUGACGAGACACAGUAAAGUCGUCGGCAUCGCCUGCUGCCCAAUGUUUGAGCGAUCUGUUGUACUGAUCAUGACAGAUAGUCGUGUGAUCUUUUGGGAAAUGUUGAUGAUGGAGCCUAUGGUGAACACUGGCCGACACAACCACUCUCCUCUCCAUACACCAGGAUCCUCUAUGCCAGAAGAUUUAUCCAAACUCAGCAUAACAGAAAAACUUCCCGUAAUUACAGAUGUCACUCCGCCAAAGCUGUCACUCUGUGAUAUGAUUGGACAAUCACAGGUCAUGACCCCAGAUAAUCAGGCUUUCCAGCUAGGGAAAGGUGUGGCCCUGAAGUUUGUCAUGACUGGACUUAUGAGUGGGGUCUCGACCCCUGUAACUGUGGUGAGGAUGUGUCCACCCCUCACAACAAAAAACUGGAGUAUAUACCAACCUCUACUAGCUAUAGGCAGUAACAACGGGACCAUACAGAUCUUACACGUGUCUAGUGGACAGAUCGAACGGGAGUACAGUGUACACGCCGGACCUGUCAGAGGUAUCGAGUGGUCAAGUUUGAAGAGUUUUAUGUCCUACUCCUAUCCAAACCCCGGCCAGACUGGACUGGUCAAGAAUGAGCUCUUCAUGGUGGAUGUUUUAUCUGGUAAGCUAACGACAUUACGAGGUAACCAUGACCACGAACCACCAAUAGAACUAUUAAAAAUCUCCUACCUUAAGCAGUAUUUUGUCAUCUGCUUCAAAGAGAAGCCCUUGGAGCUUUGGGAUCUGCGCAGUCUGACGAUGUUACGGGAAAUGGGGAAGAGUAUCCCGCGUCCCACUGCCCUCGAGUGGUCACCUUCACACUCACUUAAGAUACUUAAACGUAAACUGCUGGCCCAGAACGUGGCCGACUCUGACAAGGAAGGCGACGGGAUAUUCUCCUCAAAGUCCUCUGAUGUCAUGUCGACAUCCAAAAGUUCAACUGGAGGACCGGAGAUGUCUGACAGUACUGAUCCUAUUGGGGUACAGAAAGUCUCUCUAAAGGAACACUUCGUUUUUACGGACGCAGAGGGAAAUGUAUACCACUUCGUUGUCGAGGGUACCAGCUUCAUUGAUGCUACAAAGAUCCCCGCAGAGUCGGGACUGGGCAGUAUCUCGUGUAUUGCGUGGAAGGGUGAAUGUAUCACAUUCGGGGAUAGUGACGGUCAGCUGUGUAUCUGGGACCUGAAAGGCCGUACCUCCAGGACACUGCCAACUCAUCGAGGCUGGAUAAAGAAGAUCAGGUUUGCCCCAGGACGUGGGAACAUCAAGUUUCUGAUCAUGUACAAUGACGGAGUGGAUAUCUGGGAUUUAAAGGAUUCUAAGCCUGAACUGACCGGGUCGGUGAAGAGUCCUCGGGAUAUAGCCAAAAUCGUGGACACGGAAUGGUGUGGGAGUGACCGCGUGGUGCUAGCCACCACAAACGGCUGUGUCUAUGUGACAGACCUCAGCAUGAAAAACCUUACAAGUCCUGUAAUUGAUUGGGAUCUACCAGGAGAGAUCUGGUGUCCGUACAUGUUAACAAACAAAGCGUCCCUAUUACUCAAGUAUCUCUUACAACACCAGCCGUGGAAUACGGAGUACUCCCUCAAACUCGAGGGUAUGAUGGAAGAUGACGCAGACGUGCAGACAGCCAUCAACAAACAACUGAAUCUCCUAGACAGGGAUGUUACACAAUACAUUGGUAACAGUCGGUUUGGAACGGCUGAGCGCUGUCUGUUGGUGGCCAGAUUGUUCGGAGACGAGUCAGAUUUACUUUUCUGGACAGUGGCCCUACAUUAUCUAAAAUCAGAAAAACUACAUCCAGUCAGUAAGGGAGGUAGCGGGAGUCGAGAGCAGGGUCGUGACCGGUACAUUCCCCCGACAAAGGAGGCCAAUGAUCUGGUCGUCCUGGACAACCCAGAGGAGGUUGCCAAGCGACAGUUGGUGGAACAGCUGUUCCAGGACCCGCCCCUGGAGAGAUACUUCGACACAAUAUGUAGUAACACCUCCUUCCAGAAAUACCAGUUAGAUCGAGUAGCCCUCCAUGACAGUAAGCGAGCGACGUACGAUCACACGAAAAAGUGCGCGGAGAACUAUGUUAUGUUAGGUCAGACUGACCGGGCUGUCCAGUUACUAUUGGAGACGGAACCGGAAAGUGACCAGUAUUACACGGACUGUCUCAGAGCCUGCCUUGUGGCCAGUAUUCGGUCAUCUGGAGCAUCACAGAGCACGAUUAAACUUGUGGCUACCAACCUUAUAGCUAAUGGUAAACUAACAGAGGGAGUUCUACUUCUCUGUCUCAUAGACAAGGGCAUGGAUGCUUGUCGUUACUUACAAACUUACGGCGCAUGGGACCAGGCGGUGUGGCUCGCUAAGGCGACACUUGGUUACACGGACUGCUGUGAGGUACUGAAACGAUGGGUGGAUUAUUUGUGUAGUACACAAGUCAAUCAGAAGAGUAAGGCCCUACUAGUGAUGCUGUCCCUUGGUCACUUCCCUAAGGUCCUGGAGAUGUUAUAUGGUAUGCGACAGUUCAACAGGGCAUCAUGUUUCGCCGAGGCUUGUAUGGAGUUUGGUCUACUGGAUAUGACACCAGACAACAAGUCAUUGGUGGAAGCCAUUUUCCUGGAGUAUGCUCGACAGCUGAUCAAUCUGGGUCACCGGAAAGCUGCAGAACACUACUGCAACCAGGCUGGUGACAAAGGGAAGCAACUCAUGAAAGAAGUGGACAUUCUUUUCUCCUGACAGAAUAUCACAGCCAGUUACGGGGAAAGCUACUCUGUAGAAAGUGACUAUCUUCUCUCACCCUACUUGAGUCAAAAUUGUUAUCAGAUGAACUAAAGGGAGAUAACUCACAAAGGAAGACGGUAUUAUCCUGUUAGUCUGUAUGGUUGUUCCCAAAGGGACAUAACUCAUCAAUGAAUCGUUCUUAUUUCUUCUCCUGACACAAAGCUAGUCAGAACUGCUGCCAUGGAAGGGGCAUAACUCAUUAUUUUGUUAUCUUUUAUCAUCAGAACACUGUGGCGUAAUUACCAAAGGGACAUAACUCAUGUGGAAGGUGGAGACAGCAUUGACAUACACAGUAAUGUUGUAAAUAGGAAAGCAUAAUGCUGUCUAUCUUCUGGAGGGAUAUUUUUUCUUAGUGAAUUUCCAAACUAUAUCAGACUUGGAGGGAUGUCCAGACUAAUUUAUGUAUCUGAGGGUCGUAUUUCCUUGAUAUGGGUUAUUUCUUGAUUCCUUAGUGUAUAGUAACAAUAUUAAGAUUUUAUUGUAGAUUUUCACAGUACCAGGUACAUAAUGUGAUGACUCCAGACCAUUGUGUUUGUAUUAUCUUGACUUAUACUAUCUUGAGUAAAACUGUAUUUUACCGGGGAUAGGCCCAGAGGGCUAGUUUACUGAAAAUGGGCAGACAUGACGUUUGGACUUUUCCCGGAUAAAAAAGAGGAAAAAAUUCAGCUGCCAUCGUGAAAUAUAAUAUGGAAGAGGAAAGCCCAACUUACAUCAAUAAUUCAAAAAUGAAUGCAUUCACUGAUUUUUCGUCAAAAAAAAAAAUUGUUUUCUGAAGUAAAAAAAAAAAAGAAAAAAAAUAGGAGUGGGCUUUUCCAUUACAAAAAAAAAAUUGUUUUCUUAAAAAAAAUAAAGAAAAAAAUAGGAGUGGGCUUUUUUCUGAGCAUGAGCUUAUCCCUGCUUAUAUUUCAUAAGUCAACAUGUUAUGUUACAAGAUAUCUGACUGUGAUGUCUGGGAUCUGCUGGGUAUGCAUUACAAUGGUUUAAAUAGACUAAUGUGAGGUAUGGCUUACAUUGCGGUGAUAUCGUUUGGAAAGUGUGACGAGGGAAACAAUGUUAAAAGGGUCCAUAGGAAAAAGACUGUAUAACGUAGAUUGGUGUAAAUUAUGUGUAUAUAAAGUUAUAUCUAUAUGUGUAUGUAAUUUAAGUGAGGGCUUAUGUAAGGUUCUUGUGCAAUAGAUGUCAUUUGUCUUAAAGACUGGAGAUGAAAUCUGAUGUAAUCUAUUGAGUAUUUGUUUGUGGGUCAUGCGUCCAUACUUUUCUCACUUAUUUCCAUAAAUGCUCAACCCCUAUCAGUUAUAUCGCUUACAUAUGAAUAUGGUAAUGAAUUUAUCCUGUAUUAUCUGCCCUGUAUAAGAGGGUCCACACAGGGAACAACUGUAUGUAUUUAAACUGCCCUACCAUAGUUUGAUCUAGUUACAUCAAGGCCCAGGUUGUUUUCAAAGUGAUAAGCUUAAUCACAUGAUUAGUUAAAAUUCAUUUUUCCAUCACUUCAAAAACCUGUCCGUGUGUAUUCCUAAAAAAUUGACAGGUUGUAGGAGACUGAAGAGCACUAGAGUUUCGUAAAAAAAAUUUUUUACCAGAAAUGUUUUUAUCACCUUUUGAACAACUCGGCCCAGUGAUGUACGAAAGUUCCCUUGUGGAACAUGAUUUACCAAUGAGGGUCUUUGUGGGAAAACAUUUUUCUUCAUCUUAGAUUUGUGAUACUUUUUAAUUAAAUAGAAAAAGAAAUACACUAGUAUAAAAGUUUCUUUUAUUUCAGUCUUAAAAAUAAUGAAAAUUGAUCUUAAGGAAGUUUUGUAGAUUUAUUCUACAGAGCUGUUUACUAGGUUGUCUAUACUGUCAACAGUGUUCGAAUGUAUAAUGUGCUAAUAUAUGUCUGACAUAAACAAGUGCUAAUUUAUGGCUACAGUACUGGUGUAGAUUUAUUAAAAGCUGUCUAUGAAUUACAGAAAUCCAUGAUGUAAAUGUUUUAUGCUGCUUAGAAUACAUGUUUGAUAUUUCUUUUUUUAAUAAAAAAUGGAAGUAGUACUCGGUUAACAUGACGAGCUUGUUUAGUCAGGUGGUAAAAUGCUGAUUAUAGUUUUGUAAGAAUAUCAAAUUUGACAGAGGAUAUUGAGAAUAUAUUAGAGAAUGGCAUUUGAAGAAAAGGUGCUUAUUUUAAGUGGUUAAUGAUGUUUGUUUACUAUUGAUAUUUGUCAAUAAAGUUUCUUUUUUAAUAUUUCUGAUAACAUUCCAUUGACUUAUGUUUUAAGGUUUUUAUUCUCAGUCAUGAUUGGACCACAAUUCAACAUAUGUUGUCUCCUUAAAUCAACUUAGAUUAAUCAAAUUGUCUUCUUUGAAAUACAUUUGCAUGUAUUGAUCAAUUGUACAUCAAAUGAAUUUUUCUUGUAUUAGUAGAUUAAUCAAAUUGUCUUCUUUGAAAUAUAUUAAUUGCAUGUAUAGAUCAAUUGUACAUCAAAUGAUUAUUUUCUUGUAUUAGUAUAUACAUACCAUAAGAAUUUCUUAGCAUAUCUUUUCAUUAAUGAAUUCUCACUGUGAUGGCAUAUGUUGUACCUAGGUGUUGAGGGGUGGUACAGGUCAGAAUUAUCAGAUACAAACACCUUGUAUUUAGUCAUUACAGAGAUAUGGGGACAUAUUUGUUCUAUGUUGCAAGAGUAUAUCUGUAUCCUCUGAGGUGUUUAAUCAUUGCUAUAUAGAAAUGUAUUGAAAAUACAUUCGUCAAACAUG